CUUACUGGAACAGCACUAUCAGGAGCAAAAGUUAUUUUACCUUGUCCUUAAAAUCAAAUAAAAUCACCAUGAACUUCAACAAGAUCUUCGUUUUUGUGGCCCUCAUCCUGGCCAUCAGUUUGGGCCAAUCGGAGGCUGGCUGGCUGAAGAAAAUUGGCAAGAAAAUUGAACGUGUUGGCCAGCACACUCGAGAUGCCACCAUCCAGGGUCUGGGAGUCGCACAACAGGCCGCCAAUGUUGCUGCUACCGCUAGAGGAUAAAAUUGCAAUCCUCAACACGAUUACAAAAACCUUAUUUAUUUAUUUAAAACUUACCAAAUUAAUAUGACAAAUAAACAAUUAUAUCCU